AUGGCUGGACAAAAAGUCUAUGGACGUUACACUGCAUUAUCAAGAGGUGACGGUGAAAUCAUGAAAGAAGGUAUAGUCGUCAUUGGGGGCCCUUCUCCAUUGGGAAGAGUGGUCGGUUUUAAAAUCGCUCCCGCUGCCACUUCACGUGUUUCAGGUUACAUCAAGUGUCAACAGUAUAAAAUUUUACAGGUAGUACUUUCCGUUCUCGUCGCCGUGGCCUGUGCCGACCAGCUGUAUCAGCCCCCAGCACGGGAUGACUCCGACGAGAUCGCCAUCUUGAGGGACGAGCGCGUGAUCGAGGACGACGGAAGGUACAACUUCGACAUGGAGACUGCCAACGGCAUCAAGGUGUCUGAGUCUGGCUCUCCUGUAGGUGACGAGGGAGCCAUCAACAGUGCUGGAUCCUUCUCAUACACCGCCCCUGACGGCACUGACGUCCACCUCCAGUACGUAGCUGACGAGAACGGCUUCCAGCCUCAGGGCGCCCACCUGCCAGUGGCCCCCGAGUUCCCCCACCCGAUCCCUCAGUUCGUCCUCGACCAGAUCGCCUUCGCCGCUGAGGAGGACGCCCGCCAGGCCCGUGGAGAGGUCUCGCGCUCCUAUGGUGCUCCUCAUGAUGACUGAAUAGAAUAAGCGAAUGUCUCUUUCUAUCGCCGAUUUUCUGUUAUUUAUAAUUACAUUAUACACUGACAGAUUAUACCAUCUGCAACUGCAGACUAAACCCAACGUAUAGCUGUACAAAUAAAUAUGAUGUC